AGUGGCGGAGCUAGGGUGGGUUGAACCCACUGAUUUUUUGAAAAAAAUUAAAUACUUUUUUUAAAAAAAAAAAAAAUCAAAAUAGGUUUAAAUAGAAUAUUUGUGUAUUAUAUGACAACAAGUAAAGUUGUAGCCCAGUGGUUAUUUUUACCUCCCAUCACACAAUUUUUUAAUUUUGUUUCCUGAGCUUUCCCUGCUUCCAGCUUUCCUCUUCCUCAUUCCCCCAAAUUGCAAAACCCUAACUUCUUCCUCCCUCUCUUAAUCUCUUCCCGUUCUUCCUCCUUCAGUCCUUCUCUUCCCGUUCUUCCUCCUUCUCUUCCCGGCGCAACACGGCAACAGUCAGCAGAACGCCAGAACACGGUGGCAGCGGCAGCGCACCAGCCACUCACCCAGCAGGCCAGCAGACCCACCGUCGUCCGUCACAGCACUGACAGCCUCACAGCCGUGUAUCGGUGUAUGUAGCAGACUAGCAGUAUAUACCUAUUAUACCAUGAGUUUAGAGUCAUUUUGGAAACGUGCCGGGAAGUCACAAAAGUCUUCAACUUGUUCUUCACCUAGUUCAAGGGAUCCUCCAAUAGAAGAACAUGUGUCUCCUAAUGAUGAUGAGGUUCCUAUUGCUGCAACAAUUCCACCACCUGAGAACACAGGUCCAAGUGUUCCAAAUACUACUGUUGACUCCGAUGAUACUCGCAUUUAUGAUGUUGAUCUUCUUCCACAUGACCCUGGAAAAAGAAUUCCAAUUAUGGAGUAUCCUCCUAAUGAUCGAGAUGCCGUAAGGAGAGGCUAUAUUACAAAGAAACGUUGUGAUCCACGCACACAUAAUUUUCCUCAAAGAAAAGUUGGAGGUAUGCGCCGUUUUAAUGUUACUUGGUUUGAUAAAUAUGAGUGGCUUGAAUAUAGUGUUGAGAAAGAUGCGGCUUUUUGUUUUGUGUGCUAUUUGUUCACUGAUAAAGUUGAUUAUUCUUUGGCUGUUAAUGAUUCCUUUAUUAAAGGGGGAUUUAGAGGAUGGAAUAAGACUGGUAGAUUUGAUGUUCAUGUGGGUGGUAUUGGUAGUUUCCAUAAUCAGGCUAAUGAGAAAUAUAGUAUGUUUAUCAACCCAAAGACAUCAAUUGCUGAAUCUCUUUGCACUUAUUCUAAGGAAGCUAAACUACAAUACAAAUCUCGCUUGACUUAUUCAUUGAAAUGUAUUAGAUUUCUUUUAAAUUAAGGUUUAGCUUGUCGUGGGCAUAAUGAAAGUGAAGAAUCUUGGAA